GUCCGAGCGAAGCUGGACUCUGCCGUCUUCAUGAGCUUUGCCGACGGUUCAUGGGCCAACGCCCCUGGGUUGAAGACGCAGAUCGGCACCCUGAUCUUCCUAGCUGACCGAUCGAUUCUGACGUGGUUCACGCCACGCACACUGUUGUUCCAUAGAUCCAAGAGGGCCCCUCGAGUUGCGAGAUCGGCCGUGGCUGGGAAGCGUUUGCCCAGGACCUUGGAGUGGACUAUGCGUCGUACCUGUCCACUAAGUUGUUGUCCGAGAUGUUGACCGCCAGGCCCGCUGGACGCCAUGCCCCGAUCUUUGGCGUGAUUACCGCGAAGGAUUGCGAGUCUCUUUACGACGCACUGCACCAGCUUACGCCCAGAUUGGCCGAGAAAAGGAUUGUGAUCGACGUCGCUUCCAUUCGUGGCGAGGCUUCUGUCCAGGAUAUUAGGUUGAUCCCUGCGACGCACAUGAUCGCCGAUGGUAUGGCGAAGGAAGAUGCAAAGCUGAGGGAGAACCUUACCGGGUUCGUUGACAACCCAAUGUUUUCGCUGGUGGCGUCGAUUUCUUGUGAUGAGUUGACUGGCGGAGACGGCCAGCAUCAACAAAAGUGAAUGAGGUUUUCACUUGCACGUGUCGUGAGUCGCGGAUCACUCCCGCCCGCUUGGUUGUGCCCAGGAGAUGUGUUUGUGAUUGUGUGAUGUUUGGUUGCCGUGUUUGCAACUAUGCCGAUCUUGCAUUAUAUCCAUAUCGCUUGGCGAAUUCAUUUCAGCCGGUCCCGCGCGGAUGAUUGGUUUCUGAUAUGCCUUGCUGUUCGGCGUUGAUUAUCAUGCAUAGCCCAGCAGGACGAGAGAACACCGGGAGUGCAAUAGUCAUGUCG